UCUCGCGGACCGUUUGAAAAUCUAUAAUAAAACAAUUCUUGAAUUCGGUUUUCGCAUGCUAUCAUGAAUUAUGCAACCUCGUGUCUGCGUUAUCUGUUUAUGAUUCAUGAAAUCAUACUCAACCUCAUCCAAAACUUGCUUGUCAUCAGUUGAAAAUGCAUUUUGAACUGAUUCUAAAAGGAUGGCUUAGUUACUUAUCAAAUGUUCAAGAGAUGAAAAUUGUAAGCGAAAACACGACUGAAAAACAAAAAAUAUUCCCGUUUUAUGUAUGCAACAUUUAAUUUUGGAUGUUAGUACAUGUAUACAUAUUUGUAGUUGUCGCAUGUACAGCCAGCAUAUCUCCUACUCUUUUCACUUUUGCAGGCCUAGCAAGGAAGAAAGGUUGUUGUUCGCCAUGAAUGAGUCAGAAAAUGCGACUAACUCGACCGCCUCACCUACCAUUUACAAUCAUGGUGUCUCACCAGUUAUGGUCACAUAUUCCAUAUUUUACGCCAUCAUCAUCAUCGCUUCCCUUUUGGGAAAUAUCACAGUCUGUGUAGUCAUACUCAACACCAGAUCCCUGCGGCAAUCCAUCAACUCGUGCUUCAUACUCUCCCUGGCAGUUUCUGAUCUGAUAACAGCUUGUCUGGUGAUGCCGUUUGACUUGGAGCUGAUCAUUUCAUUCCAGCGCUGGAUACAUGGUGAAAUCAUGUGCAACGUAUGGACUACAACAUACUUAAUGGCUGUACCCACGUCCAUUCUAAGCUUGUUGGCUUUGACAGUUUAUCGAUACCGAUUGCUGCAAGAACCCCUGGACAUCUACAAGGCAUCGCCGCUGAUGACUCGUAGGCGCGCCUCUAUAGUCGUUUGCUGUUUAUGGGUAUACUCCAUGCUCUUUUCACUCGCCCCAGUCUUUGGCUGGAAACGGCUUCCAAGAAGUGUUAAUUAUGAAUACUGUUAUUUCAACCUCUCUUUAACUUAUUCAGUCUUAAGUUCGAUGAUAAAUUUUGUGAUACCAGUUAUAAUCGCUUCCUUCCUGAACUGCAGAAUGUUCUGCGUCGCAAUCAAGCGGGCGCAUCCUCCAAAAACUGGCCGCCGAGCUGGAAAAACUAAACACAUGACUAGAUUGAAAGAAAAGAGAGGGAAUGUUUCAGUAGCUAAACCAGAAAGCAUUGAAGACCCAGCAAGGCUUGGUACAGUCCAAGAGAGCUCCAAUUCACCUACCUCAGAACAACAACCUGUCGAAUCUAUGCGAUCGCGACAUGAAGCCAUCCUCAUCAGGAAAUUACAACAACGGAACAUUCGUGCAGCCAGGACAACGUUUCUGAUCGUUUUCUCGUUCGUGGUCUGUUGGUUGCCUCACUCAUUUCUGAGCAUCACGUACAUUCUGUGUCGGAAAUGUGCUAUCGAUAUCGCAAAGCAUCCUGAAUUGCUUACCUUCUUUCUUAUGUUGGGUUAUCUUAACUCAGCCAUUAACCCUGUUUUAAAUAUUUCUCCGAAACUGAUGAUAGUGUUCGCUACCAAUAUUUUCACAUACGUGUGCCUAGCGAGGAAAAAAGGGUUCUUAUUCGCCAUGAAUGAGUCAGAAAAUGCGAUAAACUCGACUGCUUCGCCAGCCAUUGAAAAUCUUGAUGUCUCACCAAUUAUGGUCACAUGUUCCAUAUUUUACGUCAUCAUUAUCAUCGCCUCGCUAAUGGGAAAUAUCACAGUUUGUGUGGUCACACUAAUCACCAGAUCCCUGCGGCAAUCCAUCAACACGUUCUUCACACUCUCCUUGGCAGUUUCUGAUCUGAUAACAACUUGUCUGGUGAUGCCAUUUGACUUAGAGAUAAUCAUUUCAUUCAAGCCCUGGAGACAUGGUGAGAUCAUGUGCAAUGUAUGGACGACAACGUACUUAUUUGCUGUACCCACGUCCAUUCUAAGCUUGUUGGCUUUGACAGUUUAUCGAUACCGACUCCUACAAGAACCUCUGGACAUCUACAAGGCAUCGCCACUGAUGACUCGCAGGCGCGCCUCUAUAGUCGUUUGCUGUUUAUGGGCAUACUCCGUGCUCUUUUCACUCGCCCCAGUCUUUGGCUGGAAACCGCAUCCAAGAAGUGUUUAUCGUGAAUACUGUCAUUUCAACAUCUCUUUAACUUAUUCGGUGUUAAGUUCGUUCAUAAAUUUUGUGAUACCAGUUUUAAUCGCUUCCUUUCUGAACUGCAAAAUGUUUUGCGUUGCAGUCAAGCGGACGCAUGCUCCAAAAACUGGCCGCAGAACUGGAAAAACUAAACACAUGACUGGAUUCAGAGCAAAGAGAGGGAAAGUUUCAGUAGCGGAACCAGGAGGCAUUGAAAACGCAGCAAGGCUUAAUUCAGUCCAAGAGAGCUCCAAUUCACCUACCUCAGAACAACAACCUGUCGAAUCUAUACGAUCGCGACAUGAAGCCAUCCACAUCAGGAAAUUACAACAACGGAACAUUCGUGCAGCCAGGACAACGUUUCUGAUCGUUUUCUCGUUCGUGGUCUGUUGGUUGCCUCACUCAUUUCUGAGCAUCACGUCCAUUCUAUGUUGGAAAUGUGCUAUCGAUAUCGCAAAGCAUCAUGAAUUGCUUACUUUCUUUCUUAUGUUGGGUUAUCUUAACUCAGCCAUUAACCCUGUUUUGUACAGCUUUCGGAGUUCUGAAUUUAAGAAGGCAGUUAAGGAUUUCAUUAAAAGAAGGCGCCCCUUUCAAGGUGUGCAAAUCCGGCCAGAGAACACUCGUGCUAUGGAAAGGCGAGCACCAACUCUUUAGACUAUACCAUCCGUUGACGAUUUUGGAGUUAAUUUGACAUCUGACAGUCGACUUGAUUGUAAAAUGCUACUGCGAUUUGUGAAGCAUAGUUGUAAUUCUCUCGUCACAUGCCUUUGACAAAAUGAGAGUUAGAAGGAGAGCGCAAAUAAAAGUGCUGCUAGGGGAGAAAUAGUUUGCAUAUAACUUAACUUCUUUUUUUAGCCCGAGUUACUCUGUUUCUCUUUCCUUCUCACCUCUAACGUCUGGUUCAACAUCAUGUACUCCAUAUUCCAAAUAAAGUUGAAAUUUUA